CGGACAGGGCGGCCCCUCCAGGCAACGCCACCCACCCAGCCUCCUCCCCUCUUAUCUCGGAGCGCGUAGUGGAGAUAACGGCGGGGGCGUCCCCGCCCGGGCCAUGACCAGCCGGAGAGACACCCAGCGGGCUGUGGAGAUCCUUGCAAAGUACCAGGGGAGUCUGCAGUCCCCAGCGGAGCGGCCUCUGCAAGUCUCCAUCGAGAAAGUGGUUCACGUCUUCCAGAGCGAGCUCUUCCAGGCGCUGCUAGAUAUCCAGGAGUGUUAUGAGCUGAACUUGCUCUCUGCUUGCAAGCAGGAUGGGGCCGUGGAUCUGGAGAAUGUGGGCAAUGCCAGCAAAGAGGGCUACUUGGAGAAUCAUGACCACAACAGAUACGGCCUGCAGGGGAAGCUACAAGGACGAGAAGCCUGGGGCCAGGACUCAGGGCAGGUACUGCGGCUGGUGAAAGUGAAAGAGAGCAGGACCGAGUUGCUUGCGCAAGUCUGCAGCCUGGUGGUGGGUGUCUGCAGCACCUUGCCCAAGGCCAGCCCCUCACCCAUUAUUGUGAACACAGAAACCCUGGAGCCUGCCCUCUCUGUGAAUGGCAGUGACGGGAUGUUCAAGUAUGAAGAGAUUGUCCUGGAAAGGGGAAAUUCUGGCCUUGGGUUUAGCAUUGCUGGAGGGAUCGAUAAUCCACACAUUCCUGAUGACCCUGGCAUUUUCAUAACCAAGAUCAUCCCAGGUGGAGCAGCUGCCAUGGAUGGGCGUCUGGGGGUGAACGACUGUGUCCUGAGAGUGAACGAGGUCGAUGUUUCCGAGGUCGUGCACAGCAAGGCCGUGGAGGCCCUGAAGGAAGCGGGGCCUGUGGUGAGGCUCCUGGUGCGGAGAAGGCAGCCCCCACCAGAGACCAUCAUGGAGGUCAACCUGAUGAAAGGACCCAAAGGGUUGGGCUUCAGCAUCGCCGGGGGUCUCGGGAACCAGCACAUCCCUGGAGACAACAGCAUUUACAUCACCAAGAUCAUAGAAGGUGGUGCGGCUCAGAAAGAUGGGCGGCUGCAGAUUGGCGACCGGCUGCUAGCAGUGAACAACACCAACCUGCAAGAUGUCCGACAUGAGGAGGCCGUGGCUGCACUGAAGAACACUUCAGACAUGGUAUACCUGAAGGUGGCCAAGCCAGGCAGCUCACACCUCAACGACAUGUAUGCGCCACCUGACUACGCCAGCACUUUCUCUGCCUUGGCCGACAAUCACAUAAGCCAUAACCCUGGCCUGGGCUACCUUGGAGGAAUGGAGAGCAAGCCAGCUUACCCUGCUCCACCCCAGGUCACGCCAGCCCGCUACUCACCUGUGCCACGCCAUAUGAUUGGGGAUGAGGACUUCACCAGGGAGCCCCGGAAGAUCACCUUACAUAAAGGCUCCACAGGCUUGGGCUUCAACAUUGUGGGAGGUGAAGAUGGCGAGGGCAUCUUCGUCUCCUUCAUCCUAGCAGGGGGCCCAGCAGACCUGAGUGGGGAGCUGCGGCGUGGAGACCGCAUCCUUUCGGUGAAUGGCGUCAAUCUCCGGAACGCAACCCACGAACAAGCGGCGGCUGCCUUGAAGAGGGCCGGGCAGACGGUCACCAUUGUAGCCCAGUACAGGCCUGAAGAGUACAGCCGUUUUGAGUCUAAGAUUCAUGACCUCAGAGAACAGAUGAUGAACAGCAGCAUGAGUUCAGGAUCUGGCUCUCUUCGGACAAGUGAAAAGCGGUCUCUCUAUGUCCGAGCCCUUUUUGACUAUGACCGAACUCGGGACAGCUGCUUGCCCAGUCAAGGACUUAGUUUUUCUUACGGGGACAUCUUGCAUGUGAUCAAUGCCUCAGAUGAUGAGUGGUGGCAGGCGAGGCUCGUGACCCCUCAUGGAGAGAGUGAGCAAAUUGGGGUCAUUCCCAGCAAAAAAAGAGUGGAAAAGAAGGAAAGAGCACGGUUGAAAACUGUGAAGUUCCAUGCCCGAACUGGAAUGAUAGAGUCCAAUCGGUCGAUCAAAACGAAACGUAAAAAGAGUUUCCGUCUCUCUCGAAAGUUCCCAUUUUACAAGAGCAAAGAGAACAUGGCUCAGGAGAGCAGCGGCCAGGAACAGGGCGUGACAUCAAACACCAGUGACAGCGAGAGUAGUUCCAAAGGGCAAGAGGACACAAUUCUGUCAUAUGAACCUGUGACCCGGCAAGAAAUUCACUAUGCGAGACCAGUGAUCGUUCUGGGACCCACGAAAGACCGAGUCAAUGAUGAUCUCAUCUCAGAGUUCCCACACAAAUUUGGCUCCUGUGUGCCACACACUACCAGGCCUAGGCGUGAGAAUGAGGUAGAUGGGCAGGAUUACCACUUUGUGGCAUCCCGGGAGCAGAUGGAGAAGGACAUUCAAGACAGCAAGUUUAUUGAGGCUGGGCAGUUCAAUGACAAUCUCUAUGGGACCAGUAUUCAGUCUGUGCGGGCAGUAGCAGAACGGGGGAAGCACUGUAUCCUUGAUGUGUCUGGCAAUGCCAUCAAGAGGUUGCAGCAAGCACAACUGUACCCAAUCGCCAUUUUCAUCAAGCCAAAAUCCAUCGAAGCACUCAUGGAGAUGAACCGGAGGCAGACAUACGAACAAGCCAACAAGGUAUUUGACAAAGCCAUGAAACUGGAGCAGGAAUUUGGAGAGUAUUUUACAGCCAUUGUACAAGGAGACUCUCUGGAAGAGAUUUACAGUAAAAUCAAACAGAUAAUAGAAGACCAAUCUGGGCAUUAUAUUUGGGUCCCAUCCCCUGAGAAACUGUGAAGUCUCCACUUUCCAAUCAACUUGUGAGAAGAUCAGAGACCCCUCCCCCAGCCCCCUGCCCUUGGGGGCGGGGAGCAUGAAGACCAUCCCUGUCCCUUUUUUAGAUGGUUGACAAUUGAGUUUUCUAGUCCUGUUUUCUUUUUCUUGGGAUGGACCAAUCUCCUUCAUCAAGUGACUGUCCCCACCCGUUCCUGCAUGGACCUUCCUGUUGCUCCUUUAGAAAUGGAGGCAAACCCCAUUUGAGAGUUUUGUGUGUUUUUUUAAUUAAAAAAUUUACUAUCAAGAGUUAAAAUAAAGAAGCAAGAUGGGAGGUAGCAGAUGAGGACUAGCUUAAAAGAGCCACCAAGGCAACAGUUAAGGACACACACUGUCUGCCCCUGUAAACAUGCUGAGGACUGGCAACCUGGGGCAGCUUUUCCAAUAGAUAUGAAACACAUGAGGGGGGCUGCUUAAGUGGUACUUUGUUAGUGCAAGAAUUAUAUUACUGUCAUAUCUCAGCCAUGUGGCCUAGAAACCCUAUUGUGGCUGAGGAUGGAUUUAAAGGUACCAAGUGUUUGGUUUCUUUGGGUGCUGCCGAGUGAUUUUUUGGAAAUCCAAUUUUGUAGGGAAGGCUGUGUUUGGAAAGAACUGCAACUGGCACUGUGGUUGUGGAGUGUGCAGAGCACGGGACCACAUGUGAAGCUUCAGCAGUUGAUUUGAGCACCAUAAAGCAAAUUGAAAAUGCUACCUAUUGCACAUUGUUUUAUGUCACCUGAUGUGUUUGCAUGAGAGGUUUCUUCUGGGUUUUUUUUUUUUAAAGCUGGCGUUAAACCAAAAUAAUGUUUGUGUUGGUGUGUUGGCUUUUCAUUAUUCCCAGUUUUUUAUUUUAAUAAUGAACUUAACGGGUAUACAAUCCAGUUUUUUAAGUUAUUUUUUAAGCUUGUUCCAUUGUAAAUAGAUUCUAGGACCCAACCUACAGACCCUGUGGAAUGAGCACACCAGCUGUUCUUUGUUGUGAUGGGGUCACUUCCCUGUAGGGAGACUGAACUCCAUCCCACUGACUUUUUCUGGUGGAAUAACAUUUUGAGUUCCAUACAGCGAAGCUGAAAGCAGCAGAUGACAAUGAGAAGAGAAUCUGCGUCCUAGAGGGAUACAAUAUCCCAACCGCAUUCAGAACAGACUUCUCUGGAAAUCCUUAUUCUAGCAGAAUUUUUUUUCAAAUUCUGGUUGUAACACUUGGAAGCCCUUCCUGACAAGUGCUUCAACAGGGGCUUAGUGAAGAACACCAUCCCUCUUAUUUUGCGUUUCUUUAUAAUUUGUGUUCCAAGAUGAGCCCCCAUUACCCUACAUGGCCAACCUCAGCUUGCAGUUCUUCAAGACAGGAAAGGGCAGGUGGAAUUCAGAAUGCACGCUGUUGUGAGGCACAGACUGUUAGUUUUACAUGUACUGAGGCAGUUGCUUCCAGGAAGCCUUGAUAUAUGCUCAUCCUAAUCAUAUCCGUCAAUGUGUAAGCUGUGUGGGUAAAAAAAGUUUCGUUUGCCCGCUGAGCAAGAAAAUAAGCUGGAUCGAUGUUGAGAUAAGUUUUCAAGCACUCUUUAGUUUGGUACAAGCCCUUGCCUGUUAUUCAAAAGGAGAUUUGCUCGUUUUCCCAGUCUUGCCCCAUCCAGCUCUUGAAUCGGGCACUCAUGCAUUGGUUUUCCAUGGAAUGACAGCAAUGGAUGCUAUGGGAGGAGACCCCCAUGUUACUGGUCCUAAGGAGUGAGUAGGACUCAAACUCAGAUUGCAGCAGGGUGAUGCUGCCCACUCCAUAGCUGGUAGGUAGCUCUGUCAUUCAUUGUGAUAUUUGUGCACGGGCCUCAUUGUUAAAUAUGGGUGAAAACUCAUCCUGUGGAGAUUCAUUCUGGUAAGCAAGAAGCUGUUUCCACAUCGGCUGUGUUGCAAGAAACCAAGUGGAACUUUGGUAGUACUGGAGCUGCUGUUUGCUGGCAGGACUAUGAAGAAUAAAGAUGAGGGAACUGCUAUCAUUUACAAGUUCCUGGUGGAGGGAGUUUGGACAAGGGGCUGCCACGUACGACUUCUACUCAGCCAGCACUGCAAGGCACAUUCUGGAGAACUGGCCUGUACACAAAAGCAGCAGCUUCUGAGGUGGCCAGUCUUUUAACUCCUUUUCUUUUCUAAUAGCCUGCCGCCUUGUCUUCUAGGCCAAUGGAGAAAAGGCCUAUGUACCCAUGGCAUAGCUGAAAGUAUCAAUCAUGACACUAGUUGGUUUACCAGUGUUUCUUCCAAGGAGACAUAUAUUUUUAAUAAACAGAACGUUGCAAUGAA